AUGGAGUCCGCUGACCUACGGGGCCGCCGCUGGGCAGGAAUCCUGCUCUCAGCCUCACUUUUGACCGUGUGGAGCUUGGCAGCUGCAGCCCAGAUCUCCCGUGAUGCCUUCACCCUAAAAACUCUGGCCAAGCCCACCAUUUCAGUCAGCCAGGGCACAGUCAUAGAGCACAGGGAAAAUGUGACCUUCUGCUGUGACACUCCGGACAUCAACAUCACCAUCCGCUGGGUCUCCAACCACCAGCCCCUGCCAUCCCAUGAGCGCAUACAGCUGUCCACAGAUGGCAAGAACCUCACCAUCUUCACUGUCCAGCGGCAGGAUGCUGGGGAGUACCAAUGUGAAGCUUGGGGUCUGGGACUCCUCCUGGUCAAGAGCAGUGACCCCACCUACUUGACUGUGUAUUAUGGCCCUGACCCGGUCACGAUCAAGUGGGAGCCUGGUGUAGCCAACGGGGAUGUGGUUGAGGUGAUGGAGGGCUCCAAUGUGACCUUCUUGGCAGAAACUGAGUCUUACCCACCAGCUUUAUAUUCUUGGUAUUUCGCCAAUGAAUCCAAGCCCAUCCCAAGCUUGUUCCUCAGCACGAGCAAUGGUACCAUCCAUGCCGUGUCCAAAGAACACGAGGGCACCUACAGCUGCUUGGUGUCCAACACUGCCACCCAACUGAUCCUCCUGGGCACUGUCAAAGUCUGCGUCCUCGAAACACUGACCAAGCCUUACGUCAUACCCCCAAACCGGACUCUCGUGGAGGACACCAAGUUGGUGGUCCUGACCUGCCAGACCCCCCAUGAGGGAGUUGGAGUCCAUUGGUUCCUGGGGGACCAGCUCCUCCUGCCCAGCGAGCACCUGAUGCCUAUAAACAACACCCUGGUCAUCCUCGGCCUUCGGCGGAACGAUACUGGGCCCUAUGCAUGUGAGGUCUGGAACUGGGGCAGCCGGGCGCGGAGUGAAGCCCUGAAGUUGAACAUCAGCUACGGCCCCGAUCGAGUGUACUUCACCAGCGGGUCAGAGACCCUGGCGGACAACACCAUCAGUGCGGAGCUCAACUCCACCCUGAUCCUGCAGUGUUGGGCUGAAUCCCAGCCGGAUGCUGAGUUUAAUUGGACCCAUGACAAAACCAGUGUGUGCCAGGGGGAGCAACUGCUCAUCGAGGCCCUGACUUGGAAACACCAAGGGAAUUACAGCUGCACAGCUUCUAACCCUGCCACACUGCUGACCUGCUCUGCCUCAGUCAUGGUCCGCAUCAUAGGUCACCAGUCAUCCCUGUCUGCAGGGGCCAUCGCUGGCAUUACUGUCGGGAUCCUGGCUGUCAUUGCCCUGGCCAUAGGGCUGGGCUGCUUCCUGCACACUGGAAAUACCAACAGGCUCUCAAGGAGAACAACAGAGGAUACCGUCUAUGAGAACAUGACACCCACUUCUGAAGAGGGUCACCCUGAAGAGCUUGGUCGCAACUGGCCCAUGCCUGUGUAUGCCAAUGUACCCGCCACUCAAGGACAGAUCCCAGUCAAAAAGAUGCUGCCAGUAGACCCUCCAGAGCAAUUAUAUGAGCAGGAAUCACCUUCCACCAUCCUCGGCGGGUAUUCUCAUGGCCCCAGGAAGCCAUCCUCCAAACUUGCAUUGCAUCCCUUGGUCCCAACUCUACAAAAAGAAAAUGCAGAGUCAAACUAUGAGGUGCUUGUGAAUCCAGAAAACAACAUCUACUGCCAAAUCAACCGCCCCACCUAA